GAGGAAGCCUGCAUGCAGCAACGAAGACCCAACGCAGCCAAAAUAAAUAAACUAAUUAAUUAUAUAAAAAUUUAUACUUUUAGGGGCUUCCCUGGUGGUGCAGUGGUUGAGAGUCCGCCUGCCGAUGUGGGGGACGUGGGUGCGUGCCCCGGUCCAGGAAGAUCCCACAUGCUACGGAACGGCUGGGCCCGUGAGCCAUGGCCACUGAGGCUGCGCAUCCGGAGCCUGUGCUCUGCAACUGGAGAGGCCACAUCGGAGCAGAGGAGGAGGCCACCAGGAGGACCGGGACGAUGAGCGCUGAGCAUGGACAGCCACAGCAGUCCGGGGGCCGGAGGGGCCGGAGCUCUGGAGACAAGAAGUCCAAAAAGCGCAGCCGGCGCAAAGAAACCUACUCAAUGUAUAUCUACAAGGUGCUGAAGCAGGUGCACCCCGACAUCGGCAUUUCCUCCAAGGCCAUGAGCAUCAUGAAUUCGUUCGUGAACGACGUGUUUGAGCGGCUGGCCGGCGAGGCCGCCCGGCUGGCCCAGUACUCGGGCCGAACCACACUGACGUCCCGGGAAAUCCAGACAGCCGUGCGCCUGCUGCUUCCAGGGGAGCUGGCCAAGCACGCUGUGUCUGAGGGCACCAAGGCCGUCACCAAGUACACCAGCUCCAAGUGACCUGGGGCCCAACCUUAAUAAAGGGUGAACUGCUC